GCGGCACUGGGAAUGACCAACAGCCCCAGGUGAACGGCAGCACAGGUCACGCCCGCCAGGUCAGCACAGGUCACGCCUGCCAGAUCUACUGACCAUGACCUGGGGUCUGGUACUGCUGACCGGCCUGGCGGCGCUGGCGACGCGGCUGACGCCCAGCGGCGCCGACGAGUGCAAACUCACGCCCGUGGUGCACGUGCUGCAAUACCCCGGCUGCGUGGCCAAGCCGAUUCCGUCGUACGCUUGCGUCGGCCACUGCACCAGCUAUGUGCAGGUGUCGGGCAGUAAGCUUUGGCAGACAGAGCGCUCCUGCAUGUGCUGUCAGGAGAGUGGACAGCGCGAGGCGUCCGUCUCGCUGUUCUGUCCGCAAGCCAAACAUGGCGACCCCAAGUUCCGCAAGAUCGUGACGAGAGCGCCGAUCGAGUGCAUGUGCCGGCCGUGCAGCCAGCAGGAGGACUCGCAGGCCAUCCCGCAGGAGGUGGCCGGCUUCGUGUCCGGCGGCGUGCCGCUCGAGUCCAUGCCCUUCGUGUGAUGACGUCACUCCCGGACGCCGGGUGACGUCACGCGACCGGAACCGACCCGGGCGGCCGUGUCAGCGAUGGCGGGCGACUGUCGGACGGCGGUGUGGGAGAGACGAAGCAGAGUAGCACAGCCGCAGAUCGACAUGUCGGCACGAUCUCCAGCAGCGUGACAGAAAACCACGGGGGUUCUACUUAGGCCAGUGACGAGGCGACCAGUCAUUAAACCUUCAUCUUAAGACAUCGCCGCAGUUGCCGCCUCAUUGUGAAUGCCAUUGAAAAAGCUAUAUCAAGGCAUACAGUUCUUCCCAGAGUCUUGCCUCAAGCAAUCUCGCCAUCGCUGAAAUGGACGCCCAAACUUGCCCGAACUGAAACGCGAGAUGGAUUUCGCCAAUCUGUGAACGCAGCGUGUAUAUAUAAUGCAUUAGUUAUGUUGAGCUGGAAGAGACAAAAUGAACGCAUAUUCGUCCGAAGAAGACACAAUAAAGGUCCCUACACCAACA